CUUCCUGUGCCCCAUCCUCAAUUUUUCUCCAGCAUCUGGAAUCUGUUCAUUCCACCAAGACAUCCUUUGGGGUUACUUAUUGUGGGAUUCGGGGUGGGGUGCAGAGGAGGACGCUGCAAAGGCACGGACUACAGGGGGCAAUCUGUGAAGUUGCGCCCCAGGGGUGUCCUGGGCCCCUGGACACGCGGAAGGGGACCACUGCAGUUUUACAGUAUAAUUGUGAUUUCCCACCUUUCAAGAAUUUUCCGAAGAAAUACAGCUCCCAGCUAGACUGAGGCCCAAGUACUGCCUUGGUCCAGGAUGGCUAGAGAAUCGAAGGAAAGCGCAGCCUUGGACGCCCAGUCUGCAGAGGACCGGACCGGGAUCCUGACCGUGAAGGUGGAGAAGGAGGAAGCCUCCGCCUUGGCUGCUGAGGCGGGCGCCCCAGGCAGCCCAGCUCCGGGCUCCGAGCACUCCCGCCAGCGCUUCCGAGGCUUCCGCUACCCGGAGGCUGAGGGGCCCCGCGAGGCUCUGAGCCGGCUCCGGGAGCUCUGCCGACUGUGGCUGCGGCCAGAGGUGCACACUAAGGAGCAGAUCCUGGAAGUGCUGGUGCUGGAGCAGUUCCUGACCAUCCUGCCGGGGGACCUGCAGAGCUGGGUGCGGAAGCAGCAUCCGGAGAGCGGGGAGGAGGUGGUGGUGCUCUUGGAGUAUUUGGAGAAGCAGUUGGAUGAGCCGAUGCCGCAGGUCCCAGGUGGUGACCAGGGGCAAGAACUGUUCUGUUGCAAGAUGGCAGUGUUGACACCAGCUCAGAGGUCACGAAAUACCCAGUUCCAGCCAAGAAAGGCUCCACUCAAGCAUGAAUCUCUGGGAUCCCACUCCUUACCAGACAGAAUUCUCCAGGUUCCUAGGCUUGCCUCUGGAGGGCGCUGCAGAGGAGAUGAAGUGGUAGCCGCCAGGCUUGCCCCAGAGUCCCAGGGGCUGCUGAAAAUGGAAGAUGUGGCCCUGACCCUCACUCCUGGAUGGACACAGCUGGAUUCAUCUCAGGUGAACUUCUACAGAGAUGAAAGGCAGGAGAACUGUGGCAGCCUGAUCUCCUUGGGUGGUGCAGUGCAGACGAAGAUCAGGGACCUGCCUCCAGACGAGGACCAUCCAGGACAAGAGUCUGGGCAGAUGCCAUGCCACCUGGGUGAAGCCAUUGGCCAGAUUCCUGCACGUGCAGAAGCUGGUGAUCAGGAGGGCAGGUUGCAAAGAAAGCAGAAAAGUGCUGCAGGGAAUAGGCGGCAUUAUUGCCAUGAAUGUGGAAAGACUUUUGCUCAGAGUUCAGGCCUGACUAAGCACAGGAGAAUCCACACUGGGGAGAAACCCUAUGAAUGUGAGGAGUGUGGCAAGACCUUCAUCGGGAGCUCUGCCCUCGUCAUUCAUCAGAGAGUCCACACUGGGGAGAAACCAUAUGAGUGUGAGGAAUGUGGCAAAGUCUUCAGUCACAGUUCAAACCUUAUCAAACACCAGAGAACUCACACCGGGGAGAAGCCCUACGAGUGUGAUGACUGCGGGAAAACCUUUAGCCAGAGCUGCAGCCUCCUUGAACAUCGCAAGAUCCACACUGGGGAGAAGCCAUACCAGUGCAAUGUGUGCGGCAAAGCCUUUAGGCGCAACUCACAUCUCCUGAGACAUCAGAGGAUCCACGGCGAUAAAAACGUUCAGAAUCCUGACCGUGGAGAGACCUGGGAGAGUCAGGGGAGGAUGGGAAGCCAGUGGGAAAAUGUUGAGGCUCCCGUGUCUUAUAAAUGUAAUGAGUGUGAGAGAAGUUUCACUAGGAAUAGAAGCCUUAUUGAGCACCAAAAAAUCCACACUGGUGAGAAACCCUAUCAGUGUGAUACAUGCGGAAAAGGCUUCACCCGAACUUCAUACCUUAUUCAACAUCAGAGAAGCCACGCUGGGAAAAAAAUUCUGUCUCCAUGACCCAUGUCUUAUAUGCCAGAGUUGGUGCUCACUCCUCGUUGAACUGAAGCCACCCUGGAGCCCUUGCUGACUAGAAAAUUGUGAGCUGGGCUUUAUUUACUCCCACACGUCAUCAGGUGUUUGUUAGAAAAUAGAGACUGGCUGAGAUGAAUUAUCUUCUACAUCUUAGAAGGUGAUUGAAAAAAAAAAAACAACUUGUUUGAUAAGAGGCUAUGGGAGAGUUGUCUGGAAGAGGUCAGACCUGAAACGAUUCUCACCUUUUAGACUUAAAUGGGCUUCUAGACUGGCUAAUUAAUCACCCUCGGCCAGCACUUUAUGACGUCUCCUGGGUGGAUGGCUCUGAUUUGGGGGGCUGCUGCUCUGACUGUUCAUUUUGCCUAUAAUGAAUUCCUCACCAGUUGGUUGGAUCAAUGAUGUCUUAUACCCCCAUUGUGCCUUGCAUACAGGUGCUAUAAACAUUUAUUAAAUAUACCAGUGAAACGACCUUCAUAGCUCUGAAAAUCUAAUGUUGUCUAGAUUUCUGAGGACUAUCUAAGGCCAUUUGUGUUCGUCUAAUUCUCUGAGGUUCUAGAUUCUGGGUCUAGAAUAUUUAUCUAGAUUCGGAUUCUAGUAUAUUUAUUGUCAAAUAUGUAAGAUUGUCAGAGUUGGGGUGGAGGAAUCCAUAUUUCUUCACCAGCAUAGUAGUUAUAGUAAGAAUGCCUUAAACAGCUUCUUUAUCAUUAAGACAUUGUGAGACUGCUCCAUCUGUACAAUUCCAGUCUAUAGUCAAUGUUAACUACAUUAGUUCAUAUUAAUUUUGCUACUCUUUAGGGGGAAACCUUUCACAUUCAGGUAAAUAAAAAUCAAUUUAUCAAGUCAGAUCAAAACUAUUAUGAAUCUUGAUGAAAAUCCUAUGAUGCGAGAAUUCCCUGGCUGUCCAGUGGUUAGGACUUCACACUGCCACUGCUGAGGGCCAGGUUCAAUUCUUAGUUCGGGAACUAAAAUCCCACAGGCUGUGCAGCCAAAAAAAUUUAAAAAUUAAGAAAAAAAAGUCCUAUGAUCCUCAACAGCUUGUUUCUCACCUUUCGGUUAUCUUGGGCCUAACCAAAUGCCAAGACACCAUCCAUAUCCCUCUCUCCCAACUUAAAGCCAAGUGUGCAUGAAAGCUCAUGCCAGCUAAGCUUCAACACCCUCCAGGUCAGAGGAUUCACACCAAACAUUUAUAACAAGUAUUGUUCAUGUUUUUAAAACUGCCCUGUGGUUGGGGAGAGGGAGAUUGGGUCAGAGGCAGCCAAUGUUGAUAGAGACCCAAGUAUGGGCAGUAGGAGAAAAUGUAUCUUUUCAGAAACACAUUGGGAGUCCUGGGUAUCUGACCAAAACGAUUCCACAACAUUCAAAGUAUCAACCUGUGAAGUCAAGACUCUCAAGAAUUUCAUGAUAUCUCCUGUUUUCACCCAGAUCACCUUCUGCUAAGUUCUUCAGAGACUGCUACCUUCUUCGUAGGUGCCUGAGUGCCCGUCCCCAGCUUCCAGCUUUAACAAGAAUGGGUUCUGCCUCUGAGGAAAUCGUCCCCAGCAUGGCGUUUUCUUCUGUUCUCAAGUACCCUUGCUGGAUUCCUGCUCUGAAGUACCCCUGGCUGACUAGGGACUUUGCAAACGGUGGGGCUCUUCCUUUAUCAUUUCCCUACAAUCUUUCAUUGCCUUCAUUAUCCCCUUGUUGCAGUAUAAUUUAAAACACUAGUGUUCUAAAAUCCUGUAGACGUCCUCUAGUUAAUCUUUUCUAGCCUUUUAAAAUUUCCUUUUAAAUUAACCGUAUUUUUGUUACCUCCGCAAAGCUAGCCCUUUCCUCUUGUCUCCUUAUCUUUAUUUUUCCUAAAUAUUUGCUAAUAGCCCUGAUCUUAAACAUUGUUCAUUUUUCUUUGGUGUUUGUUUCUUAUGUCAUGUAAAGAGAUACAUAUAAAGCCUUUUACAAAGCAGAAAACAUUAUACACUUAAUAAGUAUAAUUUAUUGAGAUUAACAAAGGACCACUGCACCUCCUUUCACUCUUUCUGCUCCUUCCAAACCUAAAAAACUUCUCCGUAGAGGAAGGAAAGAUUAUAGAAAAAUACUUUUGAGUGCCUACUAUGCCUGACAAUGAAAGCGAUAAAGCAUACACACACACAUGCAUACAUACUUGGGCUUAAGCUUUCAGUAUAGUAAUAUUGAUAAGACUUGCACAUAAAAAUAAGACAGUGCCAUGGUAAAUAACUUGUGAGUGGUGAACUGAAUGCUGUGGAAGUUCAGAGGAGGGAAAGGUUACUUCUGGCUGUGUGCUAUUGCAUGGACAGGGUGACAUGUUAGCUGAAAAGACUAAAGGAGUUUGUCAAAUUUAGUAACUAAGGCAAGUUUGAAGAGAUACAUACAUUGUAGCGGCCUUCAAUGCCAGAGCAAGGGGUUGAAAUUUUAUUCAGUAACACUGGGGAGCCACUGACAUUUUAUGAUAAAGAUAUUAUUUAGGAAACUAUCUGGCAUUAUUGUAUAAUUUCAGAUUAAAAAGUUACUUUGCUGAUAGGCUUUUAGACACCCCACUUUUGUAUAUAACAAAUGUGUGUUUAUAAGUAAGUGAAUUAUAAAAUGGGUUUAACUCUAGCCUAUUUAAAAGGAUGGUCAAAAAAAUUAUUUUCAGAUGAAAUUAGACCCCAUAGAAUAAGCUGCUUAGUUAGAUAUAAGCAGUAUAUAAAGUGGAAUAAAACGUCACUUUUCAUGCUUUUAAAAAUUGUAUUUAGGAAUUUUAGUGUCAAUUAACCAUUCUGUUGGAUUGGCCAAAAAGUCCAUUGGGAUUUUGGAAGUUUUUGGCCAAUCCAAUACUUCACUUCUCCAAUUGAAACAAUGCUGAAAUCCCCCAUUUUCUUUCUUCUUCCUUUUCAUUAAUAAGUAACUAAUGAUAGCUAUUUUUUCUACUUGGGUAGAAAAAGAGAUUUUUAAUGAAUAGCCCUCCUAGAUGGGUUCUUAAUUUCGGUAAAGAUGUGUGUAUUCCUGCGAAAGAUUCUGUUUCUUUUCCUUCUCCGGCUGCGUUGGUCUUCGUUGCUGCGCACGGGCUUACUCUACUUGCGGGUGAGCGGGGGCUACUCUUUGUUGCGGUGCAUGGGCUUCUCAUCGUGGUGGCUUCUCUUGUUGCAGAGCAUAGGCUCUAGGCGCCCGGGCUUCAGUUAUGGUGCAGGGGCUCAGUAGUAGUGGCUCACAGGCUCUAGAGCAUAGGCUCAGUAGUUGUAGCACACGGGCUUAGUUGCUCCGGGGCACGUGGGAUCUUCCCAUGUCCCCUUCAUUGGCAGGCGGAUUCUUAACCACUGCGCCAGCAGGGAAGUCCCUCUUUCUCCUCCUUUAGUGGGAAAAAAAAUAGUAGGAGUGCCAACUUACCUCACAGGCUUGCGAGGAUCUGCUCAGACAAAUAAGAAGUGCUGGGUAAAUAAUCUGAAAACGUUAAUAUAGAUAGAGAAAUGGAGGUUAAACACUUUGUUAGCCAAAACCUCUAUAUAUUGGAAUGACAAUUGUUUAAUAGUAAAGGCUCUCUAAAAAAAGUGUCCUGACACAAGCGAGUGACAGUGUUGAUCUUAUCUUGUAGUGAUGUCCCAAAUCAUCUGUGUGGUUCCAUCUCAAUUAUUCAUAAUGAGAACUUUACUCAGUAAACUUAACUUAUCUACUUUUCUCUAAACACACUUUUUAGUCUAUCUUUUGUUACUCCUUGUGAUAGCUAAAAUUGGGUCUGACGAAUUCAAAUGCAGGAACUUUUUUUCAGUCAGUUCUGAAAUGUGGUACCUGUUUUGUACGUUUUAAAUGGAGUUGCUGCUACAGAAAUAUCUGGGGAUGACUACUUUCCUGUGGACUUUUUUUGUUAACAUAACAUUUUAUUGUAGAAAUAUCCUUUUAUUUCUGCAUCUACCCACAUUUCUCACUUUGUCUGUAGCAUUAGCAAGUCCUUUCUGUUUACCACAUCAAUCUAAGACCUUGGAAUUUGAACAUAGCAAGUGCUCCUGGUCUCCUUUCCCAAUUAAUGGCUGAAUACUGUGAUGUAUUCCUGCCUGUUCGAUGUAUUUUGUUUAUUAGGAAUUGGGUUGUCAUCCAAAAUCCUCUGCACAACUUUCCAAAUUCCCAUUUUUAUUCAAAUUUCUAAGCUACUUCAAGAUUUUUAAGGGUCUAGGAAAAAAAAAAUCUGAACAACCCUAAUGUAAUUUAUUUGUAUAAUAGUAAUAAACCAUGUGAUUAUUCCUUUCAUCUGAGCGAAUUCUUAAACAACUAACACAUUGCAUAAUUUCCAAGCUGUCAGAAAAUAACUAUAGUUUCAGGUAUUAACUAAAGUGUUAAAAAUUUUAACCGUUUUCUUCCCUCUGUUCCUCACCAAUUCUGCCCAUCAGCAUUGGGAUCCUCGGAAAUGAAGUUUGUAGCCUUUCAGACCCGCUACAGCAGGGGGUAUAGAAGGGCUGAGACAUAUGUGUGAGAUAAAUGACAGGCUUACCAGAGCAUCCUUAGCCCCUAGCAGAGUUCCUAUUAAAUGAGUGAAUCUGGAAAUUGAUCCAGCUUGUUCUUUUGUAUUAUUUGUGAAAUAAAAUUCAUAUUUUAUGGCAAGACAAGGAAAACUUAAACAUAAAAAAUUUUCUCUGGGGACUUCCCUGGCAGUCCAGUGGUUAAGACUCUGCAUUUCCACUGCAGGGGGCCUGGGUUCGAUCCCUGGUCGGGGAACUAAGAUCCCUCAUGCCACGUGGUGUGGCCAAAAGAAAAAAAAUUUUUUUUUUCUCUGCUCUUUGGCCUCCUCUCUUUCCUCUACUGUGCAUUGUGUAUCUGCAUUAUGCAUCAACCAAACCUCCCCAUCAGCAGAAAUACCUGUUCAACCAUAAAGAGAAACAUUCUAGCACCAACAAGGUACUCCUUAAAAGGUAACAUUCCUUCUUAAUGGGAAAAAAAGCCCCUUAAAAUGAAAUGUAGAGAAAAGCUCUCUCUCCAUGUUUGGGCCUCUGUCAUCUUUAGAAAAAUUCACUCUGGAGUUAGUUUAUAAAUGUGAUCAUAUUGUCUAUGGCACUGCUUUUGCUCUACAAUGGCAGCACCCCAAUUAAGCAAAAUGUUAUUUUCUCAAAAAAUUUUUUUCAUUCUUCCCAUCAGAAGACCUGUAUUACGAAAAAUUGUACUCAAUUAUUAUAGUUUGAAUAAGAUAAUUGUAUUUCAUUAAUAAAAAU